AUGGACCCACUUGGCACCACCAAUCACGCGGCGAUGUGGUUGGUUUUGGACAACACUCCGGCCCUUACUCCGGAUGUCCGUCGCCCGACCCACUUGAAAGCGGUUGUUUUUGGAGCUAGACAUAUUGCCAAACCUCCACGGCCUGGUAUCUCCAUGUACUACCCCGGUAUUCUGAAUGCGGAGACGGCGGCGAGACAACGUCCCGGAGUCGAGGAACUCUAUCGCGAUUUCAGCUAA